AAAAUGCCGCGGAUGGUCUCUCCUCAACCAACUUUGCACAUGCUGCGGCAAAGCUAGAAUCGGUGGUGUCGCUCACGUCAGCUCGCUCCGCGCUGAACCUCUCGCGGCUGUACGAAUUGACGGAGCCCGCCGCGGCUCCGCUGACUGCUGUUCUAUCUCAACCGCUCCCCGCCGCAGCUGAGGCGUCGGAAUCUGAGAAUCAGUCCCGGAUCUUGCAAUACCUGGACGACCUGAGGGACGCAAUAGCGGCACUGGCGAGCGGACUAGACCCCGGCAGCAUUAGCAGCAGCAACAGCGGAGGCAGAGGCAGCAGCACCAAACGACCAAGUACCACUAGCAGCAGCAGCAGCAGCCACCCCCCUGCCAGCAAGGGCCCUUCCCACAGCUUUCCCCUCCUGCGUCGCGUCUGCGUGGCUCGCCUGGCCCGGCUGUGGUUGGGGCACCUCGCGCGCUGUCCCCCGCCGCUGCAGCCGCCGCAGCAUCAGCAGACACAACACCAGCUGGGUGGUGGCGCUGAUGAUGAUGUUAGCAGCCGCGACAGUGGCAGUAGAAGUAGCAGCAGCAGCCGUAGCAGUGGAAGUAGCAGCCACCGCAGCAAGAGCGGUAGCAGCCUGAACAGUAGAAGGAGCAGCAGCAGCUGGGGUUCAAAGGUCCGGGAAAAGAUGGCGGGAGUGCUGCUGCAGUUGUUCCAUCUCCACCGCGGCGGCAUGGCUGCUCGCGGGGUGCUGGAGCUGAUGCACGUGAGCAAGGCAGCGGGCACAAGCAUGUGUCGCUUGGCAGAGGCAUCCGGCUGUCGCGCACUGGACUUCGGUUCGGGGCGCACCUGCCUGCUGCGCCAGUUCGGAGACCAGCCGCGCUGGCUGAACGGCUCGCACCACUGGGGCGAGCUGGCGGGGGUGGCGCAGAGCAAGAGCGGCGGGCAACCUAGUGCCUUCCUAUUGUACGGCCUGCCUCGCGCCGCUACGGAUCUCCGUACAUGUACGGCAAGGAUGAAGCUGCUGCGCAAACACAAGCUGGACUUUUUCGCAAAUGAGUACACGGUAUACAACGACCUGGUGCUGAGUAACGUCACUCGCCACAGCCUGGGAGGGGGGCCGGCACCAGCGCUCCAGCCGCUGCCGCCACAGCAGCAGCAGGGGCAGCAGCAGGGGAAGGGCGUCGUGAGGGGCGGUCAGAACCAAGGUCAGCAGCAGCCGCUGCCAAA